GAUACAAACGACCACAAGAAACCAAACAACCAAACAGAAGAAAGCAUUAUCUGGUUUUCAUCUGUUAAUCAAUCUCACCUUAAAAACAACAGUUUUGAACUUGGCAUUUGCUUUGAGCGUGAUGGGUUUCUUAAUCAUGCACAUUUCUCUGGUAGCUGGCAACACCACAACUAUAGAGCACUGAGCAGGCAGAUGAGAAGAAAACCAGUGCAAAAUAGCGGUAUGACCUCAGUAUUUGGAAUGGAUAAGAGAUACUGGUUCAUCCCAGGAUACACAGAAGAAGAUCUAAAGCGAAUGCCGGAGCUGCAGGGACUUGAAUACCCUUCAAAACACGACUUUGAUUCCCAU